AUGUUACAUCUUAUAUUAUUAACUCAAAGUGAACUCGAACCAUGUCCUAAACCAUGGAGAUUGCCAUGUCCGCUACCUCCUUGGCAACCUACAUACAAUAUGCAAUUGUCAACGCAACAUUAUUUCUAUUCAAGUGAAGGUUUUUAUGAUAAUGAAACAGUUUCUUUUGCAGCAUUACACGGUGUUGUUGGUGUAGAUUGGGCUAAUCAUUAUGGUCUCCCAAUGCAUCGAGAAGAAACAUUAGUUCAGCAGGCGGCCUUCGUUAAAGCUGUUAAUCCGAAAACUCGUGUAUUCGUUUAUCGUCAAUCUGAACUUGCACUCAAUAUCUUUGAUAAUGGUGCGAAAGUAAUGUAUGAUCCUUCGAAAACUGAUUGGUUCGUUUUAUUUCCGAACGGCACUAUUUACAAUGAUUCUGUUAUAGUCGACAACUAUCGUAUGGAUCAAUUCUGUUGGGAUCAUAGAAAUCCAAAAGUACAAGACUAUUUUGUAAAUUAUUAUGUAGGUAGUGCAUUUAGUCAAUCAAUUGUUGAUGGAAUUUUUUACGAUGAUGAUGGAGGUAUUUGGGAUGAACGAUCAAACUAUCCUAAUUAUACUGAAGAAUAUCGACAAGCUGUCGAUGCAGCUCAACAAGUAUCUUUAAAACGAGCAUGGGAACUUGGACUCAAAUAUGAUAAACAUGCAUGGCAAGCUUGGUUAAGUCCUAAUGUACCAUCUAGUAAUGACACACCAGCACAAUGUGCAGAAAAAAUGAAAACUGCAAUAUCAAUGAAAAAUGUACCAGUUACAUUUCCUGCUAUGUACAAUGGUGCAUGUGAUUAUCCAUGGGAACAAUGUCAAGAUCUUAAACAACAAUUAGCUGCAUUUCUAAUUGCACGUGGUGAUUAUUGGCUAUUCUUUACACCAAAUUCAUGGUGGAAAGAAGGAUUUGAAACUGAUUAUGGUGUACCUUUAAAUGAUGCUUAUGAACCUUUUCCCAAUUUCUUUGUACGAAAAUGGAGUAAUUGUACUGUUUAUUUAGAUUGUAACAAUUUUAUAUCAGAUAUUAUUUUUCCUUCAGUUAAUCGUAAACGAACAUGGCGUGGCUACUUAGUUUUUUUCAAAUAUCUCUAUCAUUUUUAUCAUCUUGUAUGUCGAUUUUGUCGUAUGUUUUAUUUCUAA